AUGUCGAAGACAGUUCUCCUCAGCUCUAUCUAUAUCAACCCGGCCACACAGAAGGCCCCUUUCACCACGGUGUCUCUUCCUACAACAUCCUUCCCGCGCUUUCUCCCACUCCUCCCCACGCCAUGCAAGAACGAUUCAACAGGCCAAAGCCCUCAACCGCACCGGCCCCUCAUAUUCUGCGCAACGGGCGCCGCCAUGAUAUUCUACUUCCAAUACGAAAAAGCGCGAUUGGAGCGGCAGAGGAUAGUGGAGAUGAGCAAAGGAUAUGGGAAGCCGAAGGUGGGAGGACCAUUUACGCUGAAGGACACGAAUGGCAACGAGUUCACGGAAAAGGAUUUACUGGGAAAAUACACACUGAUCUACUUCGGCUUCAGUCACUGCCCGGAUAUCUGCCCCGACGAACUCGACAAGAUGGCUGAAGCUAUCGACAUAAUUCAAGCCCGCGCGCCGAACGUUCUCCGAUCCAUAUUCGUCUCCUGCGACCCGGCGCGCGAUACCCCCAGCGUCCUUAAGUCCUACCUUUCCGAGUUCCACCCCUCUCUCAUCGGUCUCUCUGGGACCUGGGAGCAAACCAAGCACAUCUGCAAACAGUACCGCGUCUAUUUCUCGACCCCGCCGGAUGUAAAGCCCAACGAGGAGGAUUAUCUGGUCGAUCAUAGUAUUUACUUCUACGUGAUGGAUCCAGAGGGUGAUUUUGUCGAAUGUAUUGGGCGUCAAGAUACACCGGAAAGUGCGGCUGGGAUUGUGCUGCAACAUGUCCGGGAUUGGAAAAGGGAGGGGAAGAAGAUUGAUGAGACGCCGCUGCCGUAUUUGAGUCAGGUACAGGGUGUUGUAGGGACACCAGCAUGA